CGAGCGGGGCCGGUCUGCGCGGCGGCGUGCUCGUUUGCCCUCGGCCCGUUCGACUCCGCGAAAUUAUGUUAUGGUUAUCACAGGCCGCGCACUCCUUCGGCUCGUUCGCGCCAUCGCCACCGGCAGCGCCGACGUCGACUCCACUUUACUUUCAAGACGACUAUAAAUUAUACGUCAUUAUUAUUACUAUUGUACCUGCGUCUCCUAAUGUCGUUAUUAUUAUUCCACCGUGUGUCUGCGCGCGGUCCGGACGUCACUCGCGCUUGGUCGGUCCUGUUCAGAGCGCCUCCCGUGCCACGGCGGGCACUUCAUGCACGGCUGUAAUCUCGCGUAUUAUAAUAGUAAUAUUACAUUUAUGCGCACGUCGUUUUUUAUUUGACGGUGUGUACGCGGUCUUGACGAGGGAAAACUUUAACGGUAAAUAUUUGUACGCGCACUCGGCAAUCGGGCAGUGUACCACAGCAACGAAUAUUAUUGUCUCGCGUCACGAUAAAAUAGUAAGUUUAAAAAUAUUAACCGUCGUUUAUAUAAACAGAAUGCGUGUAGUUAAAUAUUGUCCGUAGCAAAAACCCUCGCGUUUAAUAUUUAUGAAGUGCGAUUUUUUUUUUCGGAAAACUUCAUGUACCUGUGCUACGAUUUUUAUAUCUUUAAUAAUGAUUACUUAUCAUUAUUGCCAAUAUUACUUUGUUCAAUAUAUUAUAUAGUAGACGAAUUAAUCAAAAAGAUACGGACGUAUUUCGCACGAUUGGUGGGCUAUUGUUGCAGGUGAGAAGUUGGGAAAACAGGUUAUAGAGGGAAAUUUAAUGUAUAUCUAUAAUCUGUACGUGACGAUUAAUCUUUGCUUACGAAAAACAAUUCUGUGCGGAGUUCGGUCACACGUGUUUUAAAAGGCCGUUAUAAAUACGAUUUGGGAAUAAUACAUUUCGUAAAUUUUUCUGUUUAUUAUGAAAAAUUCCUGAUAAAAUCAAUAAAUGACCUCUGUAAAGUACCACCUCGGUCAGAUUUCCUUUCAGAAAAAGUGCUACAUUUGAAAAUCGGAGCAAAAUUUUUGGUAGAAAAGUUGUUAACAGAUAAAAAACAAAAAAAAUCAUUGUAAAACCAAUACAUUUCUUGCUUAUACAGAAUCUAAAAUCUGGAAAUCGCAGAUGUAUAGCGUAGUCCUACGGAAUAUUGUCCAUUUUACAAAAAAAAAAAAAACAGUAUAAUAAUACUGAUAAAAACUGACAAAUUUUGAAAAUUUUAACUGCGAAGAUUUUUUCCCUCAGAUCGUUUACAAGUAAUCGUACAAAUAAUGCCUUUUUUUCAUUACGUAUAUGCACAAAAAGUACAUUGCCAAACGGUUUUACUCAUUAAAUGAAAAUAUAGUAUACGAAUUUUAAUCGUGCACCCCUGUUAUAAACAAGUCGGUUUCGACUGAAUAAUUAAAUCUGUACCUAUAUAUAGUGAUAAUUGUAAUACCUUUUCAAUUUAAGACCAAUUUACAUUCGAAUUUUAAUUUUAAUUAAAUGCGGCUUACGUAUGUUAUAAUGUGAUGUGACGUAGUGUAUAACUUACGCAGGAAUAUGUAAUUUAUAUUAUAGUAGUAUGUCAAGAUUUUCGAAAUAAUUAAUAUACAAGAAGACGUAUAUAGAUAUAUAGGUAGGUAUAUAUUAUAAUAUUGUUAGCGAACAAAAGUUCGUGUCGUAUUCGCGCGAAUUAUAUUAUGUCUUAAUACAAUAUUUCAAUAUUGCCAAAAUAUAAUACGAUUAGCGUUCGUAACGACUUUAAAAUAUUAAUUUUAACAUAAUUCUUGCAGCAGCAAAUCCAGGGACGACGAUGAUGAUCACCCACCCUCUUUUCCCGAACAUGUUCUUAAUUCCAAAAUAUUCUAAGCUUGAAUUUCAUUACAAAUGUGUGCUUUUAAUGAAUUUUAAAAAUCGUCCCUCUCAUUAUUUUGUCCUUGAUUCUCGUAUAUAUACAUUCGCUGGUAAUAAUAUUAUUGUUCUUUAACCCACUAGUAAACCAUGUAUAUAGGUACAAUUCUGAAAUAUUAUACAGUACAAUAUACCCAUCUAUAAUUACAUUGUUGUUAGUAGUAAAAUCCUAUGCAAAAUAAAUAGAUAGGCUAUUUUAUUAAAUUGUAUAGCAUUUCUAUUUUUUUUAAUCGUAUUAAUACCAAAUUAUUGUAUCAUACACGAAUUUAGUGUUAGAAUAUAUACUCGCAUAUUAUUAUAGUCUGUUUUGGCCGAGCAAAAAAGGGUUGAACAUUUAAAACGAAGUUCAUAAUAAGUUGUACUUAAUAUACCUAGUAUUUUUUUUUGUAAGUUUUUUAUAUUCGAAGUGUGUGUUUUUGUAUUUUUAUUUUCUUGUGUCUGUGAACAAUUUGUAAUUUGUCUACUAGAAAUCUUGUUUUGAUUUUCAAGUGUAGUAGUACCUUGUCUGAACGGAAAUUUGACUGGGGUGGUAUAUUAAUCAAGGAGGUUAUUUUUUGGUUGUUUAAGUGCUUUUCAUAAUUAACAAUUGAGAAAAAUCGUUGUAAAAAUGGAAAAUCUACGAAAUGUAUUAUUUUCAAUUUUAUUUUUUUAUUUUGAUUGUUGCAAUUAAGUUGAAAUAUUCGUAGAUUUGAAAUUUUGAUAGAAAAUUUAAAUUUUCCGUUUCUAUAUAUUCAUUUUUAAGCCAUUUAAGGACAUUUUAAUUUUGCAAGGUUUUACGAAAUUUUUAUUUGGCGUAAGUAUAACUCUGUAGAUAGAAUUAUGAACUAAAUAGAAAUGCUUGAAAAUUUAACAGAAGGAUAUAAGUCAUACUUUAUAAGUCGUAAAAAAAAAUUUAAGUUAAAAUAUUAAAUUUUGACGAAAAUCGUAUAUAUUACGGUCUUUUAAAACAUGUAUAACCGAACUUUGCUUUGAAUUGUUUUUCAUCAACAAAGGUUUACUGUUGUUUACAGAUAUAAAUUAAUUAACUUUAUUUAUACUACAUUCCCAACUUCCCACUUUUAACAGUUGCACACCCGUCUCCAGUAUCGGCUAUUUUUUUUAAGUUUAAAUCUUGACGAAAACCGUACAAAUUACCUAUUGUAUUUUAAAUUUGUGUUUUACUGAACUUCGCUCAAAAUCAUAUUUCCUAAGUAAUGAUUUACCAAAUGUUUAAAAGUAAGUGAACGCUUUCACGUUUACGUUCGUUGGAAAAUGAACAGUGUUGACAGAAAUCCUCUAAAUAUCAAACAUUAUUAAUAUGGACCCUAUCUUCUAAGACAGUGUUCCGGAGUGAUAAAAAAUAUGCUGAAUAGUAAAUAUUUUAUAUUGAAUAUAUUAUUAUUAUUGUUAUUUUUAAGUUUUGAAACGGAGUUUUCACGGGGGAGGGAUUACAGAGAUUAAAUUAGAAAAAUAUAAAUUAUAUUACGCUCACAACACUCAUUGAACUGGCUCAUUCACACGAAAAUGUUAGUUUCUCAAACUUUAAAUUAUAGUUGCUCCAAAGUACUUUGUAACUUAAACUAUAUUGAAAAUUAAAUAUGAAUAUGGUCACUUAGAACUUAGAAGACACUUAUAUAUAUAUUUACUUAUGAUAAAUAAUUAAGUAAUGCAUAAACAUAUAAGAUAUAAAGUACACUUUUAAAACCAAUAAACAUAAUUUUUUAAAUUAUUAAAUAAAUAUGUACAAAUUAUUAUGUAGCUAACAGGUCUGACAUACUGUGCUUUUAUAAAUAUAACAUUUAUGAAUUAAUUAUAAAAGUAAUUUAGAUUUUUUUCAAACUAUAUUUAUCAUAGCAUCAUUUUCAAUUACAAAAAUAAUUUUUUUUUUGUCUCCAUUAACAUGAAUGAUUCUAAGUUUUCCAUUAACAUUGAAUUUCUCAAUCUAUUUUUUAAGUACUUUAAUGUCGGAUAGGCAUUAGAAUAAAUAUUAUAUUUAAUUAAUGUAUUAUAACUACAUAUUGCACAAUUUUUACACAUUUUGCAUGAUUUUGACAGGUCCUUUUCCCUCAUCUUCAUUUUCUGAGUUACUAUUCAAAUAAUAUAUCCUUUCAUUAAAUUCAGUCUACGGAUUUUCUUAAGUACUUCCAAGAUUUUGAAAAGCUUAAUAACUAAAAAAAGCUUAAUUUUAAUAUUAUUUUCAUUGUUAACAGGAUAUUAUUUUAACUUUACAGCUAAUUUAGUAAACGCAUUUUUAAGUAUUUAAUUUUCAUUUUUAAAUACAUAUAUUUAUAAUAUUAUCAAUUGUAUAAUGACUUAAGAAUGUCACAAAACUACUUCUUCUUUUAGAUCCUUUUAAAUUAAUAUUUUCACUUUUAUUCAUAAUUGUGUAUAAAUGUUUAUUUAACACUGGAUCAUACUUACCCAAUAAUAUUGUUAUUUCUAAAAAGGUUUCGUGGUCUAAUGUAGGAUCUUUAUGAAAAUAUGCCAUUUCAUUGUUUUCCUCUGACACUUAAACCAUAUUUUCCUAUUACUUUAAUGACAUCAACUAUUUGUUCAAGAAUUUUUCGAUUCUUUUUAAAUUUCUCAAGAUGUAAAUGCAAUUAAUUACCUAAUGUUUAAUUAACUAUCAAUAUCACUUGAUGGCAAUGUCUAAAACAAGCAUCACAAUAAUUUACAUGAAUUUUACUAAUUUCAUGUUCGGAAAUCUUCUGAUAUAAUAUAUGUUUCCAGUCUGUCAUUCCAGAAAUAAAAGGAUUAAUCUCUGAGGAAAAGGCCAAACAAAUAAAUAAAACAUUUUCUUAUUGAUUUUUUCAUAUGUACACUGGUGUCUUUUGUAAAUUUCUAUUGUAACUUUUCUAUUAACAAAUGGUAAAAUUGAAUUAUCACAAGGUUGUAAUGGAUGUAAUUUAAAAAAAAAAGUAGUUGAAAAUAGUAGGUUUUGGCUUUGCAAAAUACGGAAUCCUAAGAUCUUCAAUUUGAUCUAAGUAUUAAAAUUAAUAUAAUACAAAUAAUUUUUUAAAGAUAUUAAAAAAAAAAAUACCAUCAAGUAUUGUUUUGGAGGGUAUUGGUUUGUCUGUAUUAUUUUUCAUGUUGUUUUUGUCUAUAUGAAAUAAAAUAAAAUAUCAUUAAUGUAAUAAUAACAAAACAAAAAUUGUAAUUUGAUUUUUUUUUGUAAAAUAUUUGUAUUUGUUUUUAUAGUGUCGGUAUUCAAAAAUAAUAAAUGGACUAAUUUUCGCGAUUCGUUUGCAACGAAACUUUGCGAACUCAAAAAUAAAAACUCUGGGUCAGCUAGGUCUAAAAAAAGAAAAUGGCACCUUUUUAACAGGAUACGUACUUUAACUAGUUUUAUGAUGAAACAUAAAAUGGGUAGCGACAUUAAUGAUGACUUAUUAAAUGAUUUGGAAAAAAUCAUAGAGUCUGAUUCAAUAGUUGAAGAUGAUACAAUAUUAGUAGAUAAUACAGUUAUAGAGAAAGAACAAGACAUUAAUAAUUUAACAUUUAAACAACCAAAACAGACUUUCUGUAAAAAUCCAUGUGAAACAAAAGAAAAUGAUAAGGUAGCAGAAUCGAUGAUAGAAUUUUCGAAAUCAAGAACUAACAAGUCAGCUUCAAUUGAAGAAUCCCCAGAAUUGUUUUUCUUUAAAAGCCUUAUUCCAGACUAUCAAAAACUUAAUAAUAAAAAUCAAAGGAAAUUCAAAAACGUAGUUUUAUCAACUUUAAACAGCUAUCUUGACAAACAAGAAGACAAUACAAAAUAAUAAUAAUAUAUAUUCUAUAACACCAGUUGGAGAAUAGAAAAUUAAUUUAUGUCAAGCCGGACCAAUCGCAUUGGACCACAACUAAUAUAUAGUAAAGAAGUCAAUAUAGAGUUUUUUAACAUAAACAUGUAAUAUCUGCAUAAUAUCUGAACUUAAAAAAGCUAUAAUUUCGAAACUUAGUCAGUUCGCUCAACUUUGACUUUACCAUUUUUCUUAAAUCAGCAAUCAGCAAUACACAUAUGUAUACAAAUUGAAAAAUUAGAUUUGUUUCACAUAAUUUUUUAUUCAAACAAUUUUCGUCAAAAUAUAGUAUCAAAAUUCCCUUAUAAAUACAAAUACUACAUUAAAGUAAUUUUUUUUUUUUUUUACGACAAAUUAAGAUUUAAUAACCUCCUGUUAAAUUUUCAGGCAUUUCUGUUAAGUCUAACAAUUUUAUCACAGAAUACCUACCGAAUAAAAUUUACGUACAACACUUGUAAAAUUAAAACGUCUAUAAAUAUUUCAUCCAUUUAUAAAUGGCUUAACAUUUUGAAAAUUUUAUCACGUCUAGAAAAGGCAAAUAUAAGUUUCUGUUCAAAUUUCAAAUCUCUACGAAUAUUUUUAACUGAAUUACAACAAAUAAAAAAAUUGAUAAAAUAAUAAAAGCAUUAAUUUCGUACAUUUUCUUGUGUUUUAUACUGGUUUUUCCUAGAUAUUAUGAAAACCGCUUCUAAAAUAAAUCUAAAAUAAAAUAAAUCAAUUGUUUAUCCAUAUUUCUAUUACUGAUCAAUAUUUUAUUUUUAUAUACGGAUCUUAUCAGUCAAUUCGGAUUAAUCAAAAUCUGUUGAAUAUUUUUUCAAUGCGGAAUGUGGAUUAAUCAAAUUAAGUACCCUUUUAAUAUGAACACGAUUUGACACAUAGUAUAGUGUAUUGUAUAUAAUAACAUUUUUAAGCAUAUAUUAUUAUUAUAAUACAUAAUGCAGAUCCUUAUAAUACACCCAAGGGCCGAGAGCAUAAAAAUGGAUCAACAAUGUGCUGUAACAACAACGGCUACGGCGACGGACGAAACGUUAUUCGAAUAUAAAGGCGGAUUGGCCGACGAUUUGAAAUUUCUCGCGGCUAUCCCAGAAGUGUGUGACGUGACAUUUUUAGUUGGAGAAAUGCGGGAACCCGUGUGCGCAGUCAAAGCAAUUCUCGCGGCCAGAAGUCGGUAAGUAUAUAAUUAAUAAUUUAAUUAAAAUACUACGAUUAUAUAGGAGAACGCAGGAACAAAUUGAACAAAAUUUAAUCAAAAGGUUUCAUCUAUCACAUUUGAUCAUUGUAUUGCUGUAAAUCAAUUUAUUAUGAGUAUUCAAAAUUUAAGUACAAAUUAAAGAGCAAAUUAUUUUUCGGAGGAGACUUAGAUAACAAACGCUCCAUCCCGAGUGUUCGCCACUGCUGUAAUAUUGCCUUAAUGUGUCAUUUUCAAAUUUUUCAUAUGAUGGGCGUGUAUUCAUGGUUUUUUCACACUUAAAGCCGCAAAUUUGAUCUUUAGUUUAGUGGGCUAAGUUUUACGCAUCUAAUUCGUUGAAUUUUUUGAAAUUUGAGACAAUUGUUUUCUAGAAAAUUAGCGGUCCAGACAAUUAAAUUUCAGAAAAUUAGAGUGCUGACAAAUUAUUUUCCUAUAAACAACUAUUGCUUACUAUUCAUAAUUAGUGUGUAGAUAUAUUGUAGUAUACCAUGGUAUGCUCGCAUAAUAUAUACAGUUGCAUAUUUAUAGAUUAUUCUGCAGUACCUAUAUAGAUAUAUGAAUAGGUACUGCAGAAUACUGCAAUGUGAGAAUGUUGAAUUAAAUAAACGAGAGAAUAAUAAUGUUAAUCGUUUCGUUUUUCGAGUUUCGGUGUUAAGUUCUUUGAUCUACAGCUCUGAGAACUCAGUGCACUCAAUAGUUAUAAAGAGACAAUUUGUACGAUCGAUCGUUCAGUAUUAUAGUCUUUGUAUAGCUAUUAUAUAUAUUGUAUCUUCAAACAGUUCAAACCUUAAAGGCCAUUCUAAACCGAGAUGUAUUUACCUACUAUUUUCUCUGGAUUUAAACGUAACGAUAUUAAUUGAAUUGUAAAGUGGUAACGUUUCUAUAUAUCUAUAUAGGAUCAUGUUCACAACAAAGUCAAUUUUGUCAGGUUAGGACUAUUUGUUUGAAAAACCAGAAUAUUGGAAAAAUAAAUUGGAAAUUUCUUAAACAAUUACGUUUUGUAAAUGAUUAAUAAUCAUUAAUAUAAUAUAAUAAUUGAUUAUACAUGUUCAUUAUUUGUUGCUCGUGCUUCGGUUGGUUUAAAAAUGAAACAAUUAAAAAAAAAAUAUGUUUAUUAAAUGAAUAUUAUAAUGAAAAAUUAUUAAUUGCAUGCAUAAUUUAUCAGCAGAAAACUCACGAAAUUAAUAGAGAGCAUAAGUGUGACCAAAUAAAUGUGCACGAGGUGCAAAAUAAAUUUCAUAUCCAACCCAACUAAAUUUUUCCAAAAUCUAAAAAAAGAACAAUUGCGUUAAAAUAAUUAUAUUAUGUUUUAUAUCUCUUAACAGUCUAAAAAUCGUUUAAUGUUUGGUUUUAAUUUUUUAACAAUUUAAAUUCUUCAAUGACUUCAUCGUAGUUAGUUUCAUUUGUAAAUGGCUCCACAAAUAUGUGAUUCAUGAGUAGGGUUUGGGAUUUGUUGAACUAAAAAUUAUUGGAAUAUGCAUGCAAAUAUGCAGUCAAAAUAGUCAAAAUAUGCAGGUAAUUUUUACUUUAUUUUUGACGCGUAAAACAUAUUAUAAUAAUUAUAGAAAUAAAAAUCUCGAAAAUAGAUAGGUAUGUAUAUAAUACAAAUCAUCGAUAACAAGGUUGAUUACUAAUCGAUAAACAUAAAGAGACACUCACCUACGUCCUAUACCUAUCCAAAGUAAUUUAUUAAAAGAAAUAUUAUUUGAUGUUAUCCAAAUACGAUUUACCCGACAAUUUUAGUUAAAUAAAAAUUAAAAACAUGCAAAAUAUGCACAAAUAUGGUAAAAAUUGCUCAAAUAUGCACUUUUCCUAAAAUGUGACAAAAUAUGCUGAAAUAUAUAAAUUCAAACUUUGUAUUUAAUGUCGGUAUUUCAUAUAACAAAUUUAUGACUUACUUAGAAUAAUCUACGACCACUACAAAAAAACAUGCAAAUGCAAGAAGUCCCGAACCCUAUUCAUGAGUAUUAAGUCGAGUCUUUUUUGUCAUAUUAUUUCUUAACUUUGUUUUCACAAUAUUUAAUUUAGAAAAUUGUCAUUCACAUGAACAGCUGCCAGCUUAUGACUUGUAUGGUCACAAAUGUUGAAAGUACUUUAAAAAUUUUCAGAAAACUAUCAUAUUUUAAUAAUUUUUAAAGCCAGCAAUGCACUAUUUUUGUCGUGGAUCUUUUUUUGGGAUGUCCAAGUGUUUUUAAUUAACGUAUUUCAGCCAUUUGAUAAAACCAAGUAAUAAGUGAUAACAAACAUAGUAUAAUAUUAGAAUCAUGUGUAGAGAACAAUAUUAUUUUUAAGCUCUUUUGGUUUAUAAAAUUAUAACUAAAGAUUUAUAUUUUUAAUUCAAGAAUCUUGACAUGACUUCAGUUGUGCAACUGCAUACCCUGCACACUCUGUAACCAUGCCAAUAGUAGAAGAGGACAGAGUAUAUCUAUUCAUAUUCAGUAUAGUAUUAUUAGUUGUAUAACUUUAAAAUUAUAAUAGAUUUUAAUAAUUGUCAAAAUAAUGAGUCAUUAUUCUGUGUUAUAUGUAUGAGUAUUAUAUAGUAUGUUACAUUUUUAAAUUUUAGACCAUUAAUAAAUGGACCGAAAUUACUAGUUUAAAAGCGGUAAAUGCAAGUUCUUAAGUUUUACUAUAUAGAUUUAGACUCAAAAUAUAAUUUUCUCUGAUUAUAUAAUAUAUAGUAUUAUUGUCAUUUUCGCUAUACAAUCCAGAUUUACAAAACUAUACAUUUAUUCUCUUGGGCUAACUGUAUAUCUAUAUAUACUUCGACUCCGGCAUUUAGUUUCUCUUCAAACUGCUUUUCGGUUCACUGGAUUCUUCUCGCCUACCUAUACACAGUAUACACUAUAUUCAUGUUAUAGAAUAGAACCCCUAAAGUUUAAAGUUCAAAUCUGCACCAUUUAUACUGCCAAUAAACCGAUUCCUUAAGUUUGUGUAUACAGUUCACUAAUUUUUAUAACUUAUUUUCAUUUAAUUUAUAUUAUAACUAUUCAAAGUUUUUAUGGAUUUGUAGGAUAGUAAGUUUUUCGGUUAUAUUUAUGUUAUAUAUAAAUACAAUAUAUACUCGUUUUUUAUCGUAUGUUUGCUCUUGAAAUGUGAUAUUUCGGAUUUUUAAUUUCCAAAUACGUAUUAAAAAAUAGUCUAGUUAUAAACAUCAAUCGAAAUGAAAAUUAGUCAUAAACACUGAAAUGAAUCUGCAACGUCAUACUCCACAAAAACAAAUACUGGAAUUAAAGAAAAACUAAAUAAAUAAAUACUAUAAACAUUAUUAUGGUAUAACUACUUUGGACAUAUAAAAACCUGUAACAUUUAAAUUAAUAAUGAAAUACAUUUAAAAAUAAAACGCUUGAUUAAUUGGCAUGCUGCAUGAGAAUUAUAUUACAUUACUUGUAUUGGGUAUCUAAUGCGAAAAACAUCAAACAAAUCUGAACACCAGAAAAUAAUGCUUUAGUUCUAUGAGGGAUUUUUUUUUUUGUUUACAUUUAGAGUGUUUUAUAAAAUGUUAUACAACACAAAUGGCAAACAGUUACAAAAUCAACAACUUUCGAUCGGAGGUAGUUCGUCGUCGAAACGAAGCGGAGGACUGAUUAAACAAUUAUCCGGUGCUACAAGUGGGAGUCCAAAUUCUCAGCAGCAAAAUAGGUUGAGAAUGCUGUUGAAACGUAGUUCAGAACCGUUGUUGAUUUUCCAACAAAAUCACCAACAGCAGUAUCAAUCGAGGGUAAACGCAAUGUGUUUUCAAUGCAUUAUUUUAUAUAUUUAACGUUAUUUAGAUAGAUAAAAUAUAUUGCAUUUUCCAGUAAAGAAAUCGAUUUCUGAAGUUUAUAGAUAUUUACAGAUUGAUUUAUAUACAAUGUAUAUUAUACACGUACAGGUAUUAUAAAAAAAAUUGUUUUCAACGUUACAAAACCAUUAAUUUUAUUACAAACAACUAUACUUAUUUCAAUUUUUAAUGAAAGAAAAUAAUAAAAAUUAUCUAACGUGAACUUUCGAGUAAAAAAUCGAGGAUAAAACAACAACGUAUUAUUAACAAUAAUUGGAACAUUAUUGAAAAAGUAAUUUUAUCGUGGGGUAGAUAACUUUUUAUUUUUUUGGAUAUGCUAUAAGUUUAUUUCCAGAUGAAUAUAUUUAGUAUCGGCGCUACAAAUUACGGGGCUUGGUGUAAAUUAAUUUUGCGAAGCUCUUUUUAUAUUUUCUUCUUAUGUUUAAGAGCGUCGAUUCUAAAUUUUUUAAUAUCAUUUUCAGUAACCAAUUAUAAAAUUACCUAUUUAUUAGAAGUGAAAUAUAUUUAAUACUGGUUAGGUAAACUAAAAUAUCUUAGAUACAUUAUUAAAAUAAAAUAAUACCUAACGAUUGUUAAUAUUUAAUUUUUAAUAUUUAUAGUAGAAAAAAGUUGACAACAUAAUUAGUAGAUAACAUAAUUUAUAGUAGAUAACAGUUUAUUAAGAAAUGGUUUAUGUUAUUUUAAUAAAUUAAAUUAAUUUAUAAAAUACCUAAUAAAUAAAUUAAACAGAUUUUUAUGUAUUGUAUGUAUUUAUUUAUAUUUUGUGUUGUUGUUAUAUUGACAUAUCUAUAUGAUAAACCACGAACAGCAACUUCAAAAAUCUCCGCCAAACAUUAGGAACAGUGUUAAGAACACCAGUAACAAGACAAUGACAGGUCCCGGACCUAACGCACCGAUGACGACUUGGUCGAAGUACAAGAGAGGAAGUGCUGUCGGAACAACGUCGACGAUAAACAAUGCUACCUGCUCUGUGACGUCUCCAACAGUGAUAGUAAUCGAAGAAUUUGACGCCGACGUGUUCCGACAGUUGGUCGAAUACGUGCAUACGGGUUGCGUGACAUUACAGCCACGGACGUUAUUGGGUAUGUUUAUACAUAUUAUACAAUUUUUAUACAAUAUACACAUUGUAUUACACGCAUUCUAAAUACAGAAUAAUAAUAAUAAUAAUAUGUUAGUGGUAUACUCCGAAAUGUAGGUAUAUAUUAAUUAUGGGGGAGGGAGAGAGAUCUAACUAUAAAUUAUUUGUAAUAGGAGCGAUUUGGGAGUUCAAAAAUGAAUUGAACUUCUAUAUGGUAAUUUUUAAAUUAAACCAUCCAAUUCCUCCCAUUACUUAUCUACUCCUCUGGAAAUACUUAUAUACGCAGAUACAUCAGAGCGAUUUCACUAUUGUAAAAAAUACUAAAUAAUUUGUAUUAAAUACACGUAAAUAAUAUCAUAAAAUAAAUUAUAAAAGAUGUACCAUAUGAUGGUUAUACGAUUUCUGAAGGCGAAUUGAAAAAAAAAAUAUAGGUAUGUAUACAUCUAUUAUAACACGUAUAGCCGUAGGGUAUAGAAUUUAUUGUUGUCGAACUGUGUGUUAUAAUAUUGUUAAUAAAGGCUUAAUGAAUAAAUUUUAGGAUGAAAUUCAGACCUUAAUAUUAUUGUUUUAAGAAUUUUUUAAAAUUAUGAAUGACUUAUGAUACAUUAGGGGGUCAGGAUGGGUACAAAACAAUGUUUAAUUUAAAGGCAAUUCGAAACAUUUCUGUUUUGUUUUACCACUAUAUUUACUACCGUUGUAUUAUGCUAUUAAAAUGGAGACAUAAAAAUUAGAAAUGUGCAUUUAAUUUUUUUGGCUAUGAAUAAAAAUUAGUUAAAAUAAGUCUUGAGACGGAUGUUUUCAUGCUGCUAUAAAGAUUCAUUCAGAGGAUUGCAGGAUACCGGCCGUUAAGGGAUUGAGUAUAGGCAAUUUUAAGGCAAUUCAUAUAAUAUUAUAAUAUUUACAUAUGUAUUUAAUUAUAUUUGGGUAAAAGUGUUUAAAAGUACUUCUUCAUCGUACCUAGAGUUAUGAUUAAAAACAGAUUGGGUUUCGUCAUUAUUGUACAAGUUUACUGCUUUAGAUCAGUAGUUCCCAACAUUUUUGUUAUGGCGACCCAUACAUUUACUCUUUUUAGGUAUGCGACCCACAUUAAAAAAGCUAUGAUAAUGGGGGUACAAACACUGUUGUAAGUGGGAAGUUGGGAAGGUAGGAUACAGAAAGGAAUUUAAUGUAUAUCUGUAAGCAACGAUGAACCAUUGCUAACGAAAAAACGAUUCUGAGCUGAGUUCAGUUGAUAACGAUGUUUUUUCAACUAUAUAUAUGUCAUAUUAUGGUAAAAUAAUUAAAUAGAUAUUAUAUAUUUUCUUUAAUAAUAUUUGUUUAAUAUUGUACCGAUUUUCCCAUUUUUCCUCCGGUUUAUCACAUUUUAUCAGGAAACUCUUGGGGAAAUCGAAAAAUGACCUUCUCGAAAUACUUUCCCAGUGGGAUUCCCUUUCAUAAAAAGUGCUAUCACUGUAAAUCUGAGCAAAAUUGCUGGUGGAAAAGUAGUUCACAGGAAAAAAAGAAGGCCGUAAUAUUUUUUUAACUAAUCCUUGUAUUUUAUACAUUUUCAGUUUUUCCUCAGUUUUUUUUUUUGGUUUUUCACAUUUGUUUAUUUUUUUAUUAUUUUUACAAACAUAUAUUUUUAUUUUUUCUAUUUUAUUAUAUUAUAAUCAAAAUAUAUCUCUUUCCAACCAUAGGUUGGACCCAAAGGUUGGGAAACACUGCUUUAGAUCGACUUUUCGCUUAUUUAGAUUAAUAUUUAAUUCUAUGUCUAUUCAGCUGUGAACGUUUGAAAAUGUUUGAUACUUAAAGUAUAAUUCCGUAAACGUGGAAAAGUCAAUCUCUAAAAUAUGAAGAAUAUAAUAAAAAUACUACUAUCUUGAAUUCCUAUCCAAACUUUUAUUCAACCAGAUUGACUCCCCUUCCUUAUUUAACGAAAUAAGCUUCUGUUCCUCCAUGUCACACUCGUUACUCAAUUCCUUUUUCCAUUUCUCUUUUACCUAAUAAUUUCUUUCGUAAUACCCCAAUGGUUUGUCUCCCCUGUUCACCAAUCUUUUCUUUUACAGUUUUUAAGGUUUUAUUAACAGUAAUAUUUUAUAUUAAUCUGUUCUUAUUUGUUAUAUUAAUGUUUGCUUUGUAAUUGGAAUUGCUCCGUUUGUAUAAUAAAAUAAAAUAUAUACCAAAACAUAUCUUCAAAUAACGGUUGGUAUCUAAUUCUCUUAACUUUUAAUAAAUAUAAUAACUUAUCAAUAAUUUAAGCAUAAUAUAUUUAGACUUUUAUUUCCUUACUUUAUGGGUAGAUCGUAGGUAUAUGUAUGUAUAGAUAUUCGAUGUUUCCAUUCAAAGUGUUAACACAUAAAUUCGUUAAAAACCCUGACUUUAAAUGGUUUCUAAGCGUGAUGUUAUCUAUUUUUACAAUAUUUUAAAAAUGUACCGCUUGUUUUAAUUAAUUUAAAGUUGUUUAAUGUAAAUUUAUAAACUUUUUAAAAAAAAUGUCUUUGUUUAAUAGUUUGUAAAAAAAGCAUAGACUUUAAUAGUUUACCGCUCGUUUUUCAAAAAAAAAAAAGUGUAUAAAAAUAAUAACAAAGAAUAUUUUUCUGAAAGAAGAACCAUAAAAUGUAUAUAAUUGAUCAAAGGGUUUUUAAUAAUAUCAUAUUAAAACAUAAUAAGGUUUAGAAGUACAAAGAUUUGCUAUAAAUAAAUGUGACACUGCACUCCUUGAUCCUUUGUCUUAACUUUAUUUAUAUAACUAUAUAAGGUCAUACUUAAUUAAAAUAUUAACAAUGUUAAUAUUUUAUGUUAAUUUUACAUAAUUAUCAGUGGUUAAAGUGGAGAAAUUACCUUUCUUAUUUAAGGUAAAAUUAUUCGUUCCCACUAGUUUAAGUUUUGGAACUCUGAGGGAUGCUUUGAUUAUUGCUACCUACUGAAGUAUUUUUAAUAAUAUUUUAAAAACUCAAAUUAGUUUUAUUAAAAAUAAAUUAUUUUAUGACUAUUGUGUUAUACAUAAUCAGACUCCGUUUUACUUUAUUUUUACUAAGUAGGCGUAUGUGUAAGAUAUUAUUUUGGUUGAAGGGGGUCCAGUUUAUUUUAAAACCGUAUUUAGUAUAAAAUUUAUAUGAAUAAAUGUCUGUGGGAGAAAUAAAUUUUAAAAGUAUUGUCUUUAUGAUGGGUUUUCUGAAAGUUUAGUUGAGUCUAGUUAGUUCUUGGGAACGCCCUCUAAUUAUUGGUAAAUAUAGUCCCCUUCGAAGUUUCUCCUACUUGAUAAAACUCUCGAUCAAAGCUUUAUAAUAAAGAAUUUAUUCCUAAUAAAUAAUAUAACAUUAUUAAUUGUCACCGAGAUAGGUGGCAUAUUAAAAUGUAGGUAAGCAUUAUAAUUUAUUAAGAAGAGGUUAUACUGCUGAAGUAUGUGCCACUGUCGUAGUAAGAAGUUGGAGAGAUAAGAUACACAAAUAACGAAAUAUGAUUCUGAGUGAAAUUCAGUUAUUCAUGUUUUGAAAUGCCGUAAUAUUUAUGAUUUUCAUCAACAUUUGAUCUUAAAACGGUAAAAAAAACACCCUAUAUAGUACUUUUAUAUUUAUAUAUACUUUUUUUUUACUAAUAACUAUAAUUUAUACUGAACGUCCUAUUAACUAGGUCAAACAGUAAUAUUCAUAUAGUAUUUAGCAAAUAAAAUCUACGUAAAAAACUUGCAAAAUUAAAAUGCCUAUAAAUUGGUUAAAAGUAGUAAAAUAUAUAUAAAGUUUUAUCACGUCUAUAAAAAGUAAACAUAAGUUUUCUAUAAAAAUGUCAAGUUUCUAAGAAUAUUUUCAACUGAAUUAAAAUAAAAACAAAAUUGAAAGUAUAUCAAAUCCAUUAUUUUCAAAAUUCUCCCGUUUUCUCUACGUUUUUUUCGAGUUCGUUCAAUCAUUAAGACAACUACACUUAAAAUCAAAAAAAUACUUUUUUCCUCACCAAUUAAAUUAAAAAUGCAACAAAAAAGGUGUUUUAAAAUUUGUUUGGUUGAAGCAAGAUUUUUGGUAUAAAACAUAAUUCGUACAAAUUAAAAACAAUAAAAUCAGUAACGUCGUGGUAUGUUGUAAAUAUUUGUUUGUUUUUCCUAUCCAUAUAGGGUGAUUUUUUGAUCAAUACAAUAUUUAAAAUAUUGUAUUAAACUGUAUUAAUUUAUUUCUUUAUAUUUUUAACUUAUACACUGUCCUCCGUUUUAAAUUAUUAAACUUUUAAAGAAAAGUUUCGUAUGGUGUGUCCUUGUGCCAGGCUUGAUUGUGUUAAAGUAGAAAUCUUAUUUAGAAAUGUAAAUACGAAUAAUAAGAGCUAUUGUUAUCAUAAUAUGUCAACCAAACGUCAUUAUCCGACUUUCAUCAACAUGAUUAAAUUACACAUUUUGAAUAUCGUGUUCGUAUAAUACAUUUUAAAUUUAUUUCUUUUUCUCGAUGUAUAUUCAUAUACAUUUAAAGAACCAAUUCAUCAUCUCGAAUAACGGAUGAUACGAUUGAUAAUUUCCAUGAUAUACCUACUGCAUCGUUCACUUCUGGCACAAAUUCUCGAAUAUAUUUCGUUUAAAUCGUUAAAAACUCAUUUAUAGACGGUUUUUCUAUAGACACUGUCAACGUUUAGCUUCGUAAUUAAUACUUUUAGCGAGUUUUUUGUUGCAAGUUAACUAAUUAUUUUUUUGAGAUAACCACGCCAUUACUUUAGUGUCAGUUAUAUUUUUUUUUUUGCUUAGUAUUUGUGUAUUUACUUAUCAUUUUAUAAUAAUGUAUUAACAAUAAUUCAUUUGGUUUUUUAGUUUUUUAUUUAUUUGUUGUUUUUUUUAUUCGUUUGCUUUUUUAAAGAUAUAUCAGGAUUAACAACUGGUGUGACCUUAAUCAAUUAAGAAUUAUUUGACGUUAGUUAAUAAUAAUUGAUCUCAUAAAUCUUUUACAAACUGUAUAUUUUAUUCAAUUUUGUUUGACUCAUUUUUAACAAUUUUUAUCGAUAUAAACCGAUGAUCGACCAAUGACCAAUGACCUACCUAAUAUUUUACAGAAUAAUAAACAGAAGUUUUUUAUUACAUGUGCUUAUAUGAGUACAUGGGGUAAUUAAUUAAAAUGUUCUCAAAAUUACACUUCAAAAUAUAAAACUUGCUGAUUAAAAAUGACGUGUUCGCGGCAGAUGGUAUCCGUUCUCACGGUUACCCAUAUUACACAACUCUUCGAAAAUUGUGAAUCCACCGUAAAAAAUUGAAUUUAACCAGGAUGAUGGAAAUCCCUAUGACUUGUGAUUAUAUAUUAGAUAUAUUAUUAUAAUUUAUAACGAUCUCCUUUCUAAAAAAGUAAUUUUGACCGUAACGUUGUAAGGUAAGAAUAGAACCAGCCACAUGAAGAAAAAUCGUUCUAACUCGUUUUUUUUUCUCCUCCAAAAAUGUCAUUAAAAUUGCCUAUACAUAAUCCCUUACUUAUUGCAGAUAUUGUGACCUCCAUUUUUAACAUACAUAGAGGACCUGAUCGACUUCUUAUAGAAUAUCCUGAUAGAGUUGUUGAUCGAAUUUAAAUAUAUGAUGAGACAUGACCUUUACGCAGGUAUUAGUGUGUUCUAUACAUGAAUGUGUAUUUUAUUAAUAUUUCAGUACCAAAACCAGCUUAAAAAAAUAUAUCUAGUUCGGUCGAUUCGACAAUUAUUACAGUAUAUUGAUAUUAUCUAUAGCAAGGGAUGAAAAUAAUAAUAAUAAUAAUAAUAAUAAUAUAACGCGUACGAUGAGUGUAUAUCAUAGUAUUAUUUAUACAAUAUUUAUUAGGGGUAUUGAAUGCUGCCGACUAUUACGGUCUGGACGAGUUGCGAGCCGCCUGCACGGGUUUCGCGGACACCGGUGGCGGUAUUACCGUGGACACGGCUUGCGCGCUGUUGGCGUCUGCCGAACGGUACAUCCACUACAAGUGCACCAAAUCGCUGGUGCAAAAAGUACGAGGCCGUUAUUAUCAUGAAGACGUGUUUUUGGUGACGCUAUUUCGAGCCAUCCGGUGGAUAUAGAUAAUUUUUUGCUCAAAUAAUUUCUUGAUUGCUGUAAUUUAUGAGGUGCGAUCAAAAAGUUCUGGGUCUGUUUGAAUUUCGUGGUUAGGUUAGGAGCUUUGAAGAGCAGUAGGAUUAAUAUCACUGGCUUUUUUUACUUCUUCUGGGCAUAUAUUAUGAUUUUGUAGAUUCUUUAUAACCUUAGUUAUAGUUUCUUAAUUUUGAUGUAACCGAUGGUUUUUUUGUGGUUAGCGAUUUUAUAGUGAAUCAAAAAUUAGGUAGUGCUUUUUAGGAGGGGGGGUACAAGUAAACAUUUUUCUACCGCUAUGGUAACAUAAUCUUGGUUGGCAAAGAAUUGCAAUAUUUUUUAUGACUCAUGCCAAAAAAUUGUAACUAAAAAACUGCAGAUGUGUCGUAUGGCAGCAAAGGUUAUCACAAGAAUUUCGAGGAUUAAAAAAAAAAACAAAUACAAGUUCAAGCAGUAGCGCAACCAGAAUUUUUUUUUGAAGGGAAUUUUAUGAAUUUUAAAAAAAAUUCAAUUUUUGAUGGUGUUUGUUGGGGUGGAGGGGUUAAGGUUAAGUUAGGUUUAUGAGUAAAAAUCUUUAAAUUGUUUAACUUUCAUUGAUAGACAACGCAUAUUGGAAAAUAAUUUGGACUCAUAUUAAUUAUGUUUUUAAAUAUACUUUACUCAUAAGUCAUGGUAAGAAAAAUAAUAAUAAUUUAAAAUUAAAUCUUCGAGUAGUGCCUCACCAUUUCAUUAAGGACUAAAUCUUGUUUAGCUUCAAUCUCUGUAUAAAUGUUUAAAGUGGCUAUUCAAUUAAGUCUUUAUGUCCUGUAAUGUUUCUUAAAUAAGUUUUUAGCCUUCUAAGUUAAGAAAAUGAUCUUUAUGAUAGCUACUAUACAAAUAAUACAACUACGUACUACGCAUAACUCGUAAAACACUCUCAAAUAUGAUUCGGGGUGUCACCCCCCCCCCCUCUUCCUAGUUUCCUUGUGUGGUAUAUGCUAAUAAAUACGUUUUUAUUUAUUAUAAUUAGGGCUAGGGAAUUUGUGACCUUAAAAUGUUCGAAAUAAUUAAAAAUAAAAAUAAAAUAAAAAGUACGAUAAUUUACUCUCCUUUUGGAUUAAUUACAAAAUCGCCAAACAUGAAAAAAUGUUUUACAAAACAAUCGAUUAUAUCAAAACGAAGAAAGUUAUAGGUAAUCGACAAAAACAGAUAUGCCAAGGAAAAAUCACAGAAUCUUACUUUCGACAAAUCAUUGGCAUGCAAUUUAAACAGUCUCGAAAUUUUUUAUGAACACCUCAUAUAUAUACUGCCAAAAUGUUAUAUUUAUACUGUUAUAGUUUAGUGGACGAUUUGCACAGCGAUCAAAUAAAUUUAACAUCAUAGAUACAUAUAAUAACUCUACUUGACUCUAUGAGUUAAUCAGAAACUUCGCAGCCAUAUAUAAAAGCCAAACAAAAAGGCACAUUUUAUUGAUUAAUACAUGCAUUUUUUGUGUCGUAAAUUAGAUAUGUGAUAAUUUAAAAAAAGAAAAAAUAUUUGAAAUUUAUCAAAAAUUGUUUUUAUAACAUAUAAUUCAUAGGUUAACCUAACCUAAUCCAACUAAUUUAAUUUGCCGUCUUAAUCUUAGUUUAGUUGUUUUAUAUACCUAUGUAUAUAACUAAUUAUAAAACGUACGUCGUACGGUUUUAAAAAUAUUGUUGUUGAAUACUACAGGCUGUCAAAAAGUGCAUUCAGUCAUCAAACUAUUACAGUAUCUAAACAAUAACGCCAAAACAGUUUGCAGUUCGUUAAGCUAUUUAUAGUAAAAGGUUUGCUCGAAAUUGCACCGAAAAAACACGUCUAAUACCUUCGAGUAUAGUGUAGAGCUCGGAUGUUGUUGCAUUUACAACUUUCUAUUAAUCCGGCAGUAGCGCCGACAUUUUAAAAAUUUGGUCCAGCGAUUUCUAAAUUUAGAAGCUUCAAUAUCUUAAUUAUUAUUUGAUAUAGUUAAGUCAUAAAAUAUGGACUUCGGUUCCACUAAGCGAUUGAAUUUAUUAAAUUCGUUAAAAUCUAAACAUUUAAAAAUUGUUUUAAAACACGAGUAGGAAUGUGUUGUAUUUUUUCAGUUUUUUUUUUAUAUCUACCUAUUUGCUUUUGAACCACAUUUUAUAAAAAAAAUAUAAUAAUAAUAUACAACUAUACAAUAGUAUUAAUAUACUAAAUACUGAUCUUAGUAACUAACAAUGCUAUUUUAUUUAAAUAUUGUAUGUAUUAAGAUUUAAAACUGUUAGUUUUUGUGUUAUUUUUGGUAUCUUUUAGUGUUGUAAUAUUCUAGUAAUCAAUUUUACCAUAGUUAUUUUUGUCGAAACAUCCGAGCUCACACCUAUAAUAUUAUUGUAAUGUGGCGCACUGUAUACCACUAUUUAAAACAUUUUUUAACGCGUGUCUCGUGUGUAUGGAUUGGUUGAUGAUUUAUUAUUAUUAUUUUUCGUUUGGUUUUUUUUUCCUCGUGUGAUUACGUGAUAUUGGCGAUGAUGUACAUAAUAUUAUUUUAUAAUAUAAGAUAAAUAUAUUGGUAGUAUUAUUUUAUACAUGUUUAAGUAUUAAAAAUAUAUUACAUUUUACGAGUAUAUGUAUUAAUAAUUUGUAUUCGUUGUUGGUUUUCACGCAGGUUGAUUUUGGAGUCAUUUUUGUUUGUUUUCCCCUAUACCUGCCUAUUGUAUUAUAUAUAUGUAUAGUUUUUGAAUGUGUAUGCUUUGUGCAUAUGUGUUUAAGAGGAUGUGAUAUUCGCAUCAUUUGGCCAGCUCCCUCCCUCUCCAAAUUGGAAAUCACGAACAAAAAUUACAUCAAUAUUUUGUGAUUGUCCCUUAGCAGGGACAAUUCAUGUGUUAGUUUUUAAAUAUUGACAUUAUAUUAAACUUUAUAAUAUUUUGUCUUGAUAUUUUUGAUUUUUAAGCGAGAUAUAGGUGUUUUUAAAUUGUGAUAUUUCGCAUAAGUUAACAUAUAUUAUAUUAACUUAAAAAUUAAGAUAUCGCAAAAUUUGAUAUAAUUACACAAAAUAUAUAAAGUUUUUAACAUUAAGUAUUUGUUAAUAGGUCAUAAAUUAAUCACUCUAAUAAUAUUAUAAUUAACAGUAUAAAGUUAUUCCUACUGUUCUUCAUACGUUUAUAAGACCUGCGGUUAUCACGUCCUCUUAGACGAUCAUCAUAAUAAUCAUGUUCUUUGUCCAUGUUUGUGCUAUUGCGAAUUAUAAUAUUUUGCAGGUAAUUUUAUUUUAUUUUUUUGGUUUUUUUCGUGUUACUGUUCUGAUAAUUUUAUCACGAACGCAUGCGCACGAAUUUUUUGAAAAAACCUUAAGUCAACAUUACUCCAUAAUACAUCACUCAUAUCAUCGAUCAUCGUAUAUCAUUUUAUUUUAUUUUGUAUAUGAUAUUUUUCAUUAAGAUAUAAUAUCCUUACCAGGGUUCAUAAUAUAAUACAUAUGUAUAAUAUAAAUAUUGUAAUAGUGGUAUCCGAAACCGUAUUAUUUUUUUCUCAAAAUCUCCAAAAAAAACUGUAUUUUCAUUUAAUGUCAAAUACACUAUAACUAAAAUGUAGUAUAAAUCCCGUGGUUAAUUUAUCAUCAUCUUUACAAUUUAUCCGAAUACUAUCUAAUUUGUUUGCAUGAAAUUGUAAAUGUACAAUAUACAUAUACAAUAAAAUGUUCACUCAUAUUUUAUAGUUUAUAUUAUUUUAUAAAUAUUAUCAAUUGAAAGUUUUCAUUUUUUGUUCAAUUAUUAAGAUUUUAAUAAAUUUAAUAAAAUAAGUAAAAUUAGCAUUUUUUGAAAAAUAUUAUUACAGGUAACCAUCGUCGUGCGGUUUACUAUCGGUAUAUUUGUAAUACGCGGCGUUAUGACGAAUUUCUAAUAGUCUAGUUUAGAGCAAAUUGAACUUGCGACAUUUAUAAAAUAUAAUUAUUCGAUAAGUAAUAAUAAAUUAUUAUUAGACCAUUGUAUAAAGCAUGCUAAGACUAAUAUUCAAAUUAUAUUUUUUAAAAUACAAAUAAUAAUUAUUAAUCAAUAAUCAUUAAUCAUUAUUAAUUGCAUAUUUAUUAAUGUAAAACUAAAUAAAGCUUUAUAAGUAGUAUAUAAUUGCUAAUUAAUAACAUAAUUUUCAAAGCAGUUAUAUACACAAAUUGCGUACCUACCUAUUAUAAUGAUCUUUUUAAUUGCAUAAAAAACCAUGCAAAAUACGGUUAUUAUACUGGGGCUUGAAUUUUAUACAUUUUUAUUCUAAUUACUUACAUAACCUAAUUUUACUACCUAAAAUCUAUCUAUAAUAUUUUUUAUCAAACAUAAAUUAAUUAGGUACCUGCCUACCAAAACUAAAAAUCUAACCUAAUCUAAUCUAAUCUAAACGUGUUUCAGCAUUAUAACCGUGAGUAAACUAUUUAUUGAUAACAUAUUUGCGAGCUGGUUACUCUCCAAUAAACAGUUCAGUGUUUUAUUUAUUUCAAGUUGUUAUGAGGGUUUACUGUUCGAUCACUAAGAUAAAAUUAAUGAAUCGUAUACUAAACAGAUUAUGAAUUAUAAUUUUGAAUUUAAUCAAAUAAACGGCAUGCGUAGUAUUGUAAUUUAUAGUGUUUUUAAUAGGUUAGGUUUGGGUUAGGUUAGGUUUAUAAUGUUUUUAGUAGAUGCUUAUAGUAACAAUGGGAAAUACUUUUCAUUUCGUCGAUUACCUAUAUUAACAAUAUUUUGUUGUCAGUUCUGGUGAAACUUGUAGAAAAUCAAGUAAACUGCAAAUCGUUUCUUGGAUUAUACGCAUAGUUAUAAAUAGAAACGUGUUUAAUUAACGUGGAGACAUAUACACUGUGCAUGGUAUUUAGGUAUUAACUUUCGGACAAAAAUGUUUACUUCGAAUUACUGAACUUAAUAAAAUUAGAUUUUUCAGAUGACAUAGAUAUCAUCAUGAUUUUAAUGUUGUUAUUAAUAUUUUCAUCUGAUUAUAUUAUGUCCAUCAUUAUUAGUACGUAGGUACUAUAUACAAGGUGAUUUUUUUUUCAUGAACUAGCAAUUAUCUCAGAAGAUUUUAAAUGAAUUUGAUUUCUGUUUUUUCUAAUCAUUAUGGAAUCAUUUAAGCUUUAUUUUAAAACAAUUUUUAAAUUUUUUACCUUCCAUACCUUAAAUAAUUGCAUACUUUUGAUUUUCAAAUAGGAACCCCCCUUAUGUGGACUGUAUAUGGAAUAAGUUUAAAUAAUUAAAAAUAGCUUUAAAAUAAAGCUUAAAUGAUUCCAUAAUUAUUAGACAAAUCAGAAAUUAAAUUCACUUAAGAUUCUCUGAGAUAAUUUCUGGAUCAUGAUAAAAAAAUCACUCUGCAUAUAUAUAGACCUAUAGAUACGUAUUACCUAAUAAGUAUAAUAACCAAUAAUAAUAUUAAUAUAAAAAACAUAACGAGAACAAAAAAAUUAUGAUUCAGUUUGUCAAUUGUAUAUUUUUUAUCUCGAUUGAGUUACUGUUUAAAUAUUUCAGUGACCAAAUUUACAAAUUAAUGUUUAGGUGAUUCACACAUAACUUAAGUCUUACUAAUUUUAGAUAUCUUAUGAAUUACCUACCGAAAUCGAACAACUCAAACAAAUUACUAAUUCUUCAUUUUACACGUAAACAUCUUGUUUACUGAAAAUCUUCGUUUCUAUAUCCUUUUUCAUUUAUACUAUAUAUACACUGUAGAACGGCAUGCAGUAAAUGUAUACUUUGCAAUUCCUUACCUCGAUCCCCAUUAAUAAUUUCCCAGUUGUUCGUGACUCACAAUCAUCCUUGUUUUUCUUAAAACUCAUCACAUACUUACCUCUAUUUUUCCUUUUUCCUCAUCUAAUAGUUAAUAUUAUAAAGUAUACUCACAAAAACGCUGAAUUGCUGUAAGCAUUUUCAAAAAUGAAAAGGUCGAUUUAAUUAUAUUAAGGAGUCUACCAAACACUAAUAUUAUUCUUCUAUACAAUCUAUGCAAUGAUGACUCAUUGCAGACGAAAAAACGAUUCUGAUUCUUAAUACUAUAGUAUUUGUUUAUAGUCGUAUUUUUCUCGUUGUUGUUAGUCCAGAAAUCAACAACAAAAAAAAGACCAAGGAGGUGAACUAUUGAAAAUGUCGAUAUAUUUUUAAAUAUAAUAUCAUCGGCCAGAAAUCCACAUAUUUAAAGGUACUGGAUGAAAAAAAUUAGUACAUUUUUUUAAUUAAAGUGUUUUUAUAAAAUAUAAGGAAAAUUUUUUUUUGGGGGGGGGGGGAAGGGGUAGUAUUGGAAAUGUCAAAAAAUAAUUUAUAAGAUAUGACAUUGAAAAAUCAAAACAUUUUUAUUAAUCGUAAAAGUGUUUCCGAAGAACAAAAACAUAUCGUAUGAAACUAAUUCGUAAUAAAAUUGUUUUAUUUUUAAGCAUUAACUUCCUAGACUAUUUUUUGCUAUUUUUUCAAAUGAAACGAUUUUAUAUCUAACCACAAAAAUCAUCUUUUCUUUACUAAAAUCGAUUACUUCAUCAUCCCACCGUGUAUUCGAUGGAUUUUUCUUGUGCUGUUAAUAUUAAUUUUUUUUUAGGUUUUUUUUCAAUCAGUUUGUUUUCGAGAGGGACAUCGAUUUGGAGAAACAUUGAAUUUUUAUUUUUAUUCCCUAAAGACAAAAAAAAAAAAAAAAAAAAAAAAAAAAUAUGACUUUAUUUAUUCACUUUAGAACAUUUUGAAAAAAAUAUUAUUCAAACAUUUUUAAUGUAUCACACAUCCGAUGAAUAAUUUCUUAGUUAUAGUUGUUUUAAUUAGGUGUGAAAACAAUUAAUAUUCAAUAAAAUAACACGUUAUGCGAUAAGGAAUUACAAUCAGCACGAUAAAUCUUUACCUUCGAUUGAAUAUUAAUUGAUUUUACGCUUAUUUUCUAAAAAUUAAAACUGCUCUAAUUAAAAAACUAUUGAUCGGAUAUGAAUGUAUGAUACAUUAAAAUGUUUAGAAUAAUAUUUUUACAAAAUUGCUAUUUUUAAUAUUUUUAAAAGUAAACAAAUAAAAUUUUUUUUGUAUUUAGGGAAUGAAAAUAAACAUUUAAUUUUUCCCCAAAUUGAAGACAAACCGAUUGAAAAAAAAAAUCGAAAAAAUGUAAUAGUAACAGCGCUAGAAAAAUCCACCGAACACUUUGGAACAUACUGUACAUACAUGUAAAGUUCUCCUUCAAUGAACUUGACAUUUCAUCAUCUUAAUAUAAGUCCAAACCUCCAUUGUAUCACCUUUUUAUUUAUACAUAGCUUAGAGAAUACCAUUAUCUUUUCAUUUCGUACACAUCAUUAUUAUUAAACUUCAUUCCUUUCUGUAUAUAUCGUACACUUAAUCAAAAAAAAAGUCAUUUGUAGCUUUAAUAUAUCCUCUUUGAGUGCCUUGAAUGUGCUUGUACGCUGAAAGAUCACUUUUAUUUUAAGUGAUUCCGAGUCAUCUUUCAUUCUAUAACGAACCGUAGUCACUCCCUAUCAACUCUUAUAAUCUUUAUACCUAUGCAUUAUUUUAUUUUAUUUUCCCAGACAGGUUUCAAAAUUUAAGUAUAUAUGCUGUUAUAUUUUAUCUUUUAUAAUCUUAAAAAUGUAAGCGGUAUAAAAGCAAUGAACCAAGUAUAAGUAUAAUAAAUAUUUUGAUAAAAUUAAUUCAUCAUUUAUAAAACUUAACAAUUUUGACAGUUAAAAAAACCACAUCUAUUUAUAAUAAAAUCCAAGCCUUAGUUGUUUAAAAAUAUAGGUAGCGCCAUUCGUUUGAGUGCAGGUGUGUUUGAUUAUUUAUAUUUUCUAAAUGAAUAAUGUAAUUACAUUUUAUUUAUCCAAAAUGAAUAUGAUAUGUGUUAUUGAUGUAUAUGUACGUUUGUAAAUUUACGUUUUUUUUUUAAUCAUUACACAAUAUACAUAUAUAGUAUGUGUGCAUAUAGUAACGUGUAUAUAAUUUUGAUGAAAUUAUACGUACCGAAUCAAUUUUUUAUCUAAUAAGACUAUGUACUAUGCCAAUUCUUUGUAGGUACGUUAUUUUGUAUAAUGAUUUAGCAGACUUGUUGACUUUUUUUUGUGCUUACCUUUGUAUGUGUGUAUGUGUAGGUAACGAUUUGAUUACAUCACGUGUAUAUUAUUGCCAUGCAAUUUAAUAAAAAAAAUAUAUGGUAUUUAUACAAAUGACCGGAUAAAAUUAUAAUGUGAAUCCCAAAGGUGCUCGAGUUCGUAGACGUGAAUGGUGGACGUGUGCUCACUCUCGGAUCAUUUACGUUAUUACCGCAGCACGUGGUCCGACUUAUAUUGUCCCGGGACGAAUUACGAGCGGAUGAGCUAACGAAAUUCCAGGUAAGUACCUAUAUAUUAUUAUUAUUAAGGCGUAUGUGCAUUUUUAGUAUUUAUAGAUUAUUUAAAUGCUUAUUUAUAUACUUACACAUUAAUAUUAAUAUGUAUAUACAUAUAUUAGGAUUAUCCUUAUUUUAUAGAUUGCGGAAAAAAGUUAGAUAAUUUUAUUCGAAAAUGAAUUUUAAUGAAGUUUGAUGAUGUUAGCUCAACUCCUUCCCGUUCCAAAAAAUGGUUGAAAAAUGAUCUAAACAGAGGAUAGUUUGAUAUUUUUUAAAUUUAGUUAGAAAACAGUAGCAUUCACAUUAAAACUUACUACAUUUUAAAUAUAAACAUACAAUUAUCUGAAAAAAAAGAGAUAGAAAUACUUCACACAUGGGUGGCUACUGUUGUAAGUGAGAAGUUGGGAAGGUAGUAAAGGGGAAAUUGAAUGUAUAUCUGUAAGCAACGAUAUAUUAUUGCUAACAAUAAAACGAUUCUAAGCGGAGUUCAAUUGAUAGUAUUGCUUUGUGUUUUUCGUUAGCAAUGGGUUAAUCGUUGCGUUCAAAUAUAUAUUAAAAUUUCCCUCUAUCUUCUAACUUCUUACCUACAUGCGAAAUAGCCAUACUACUAAGACGUUCAUUUCCCAUUUGGGAGUGUAACCAUGUUUUAGGUUAAAUAAACAAAGCAAAGUGCACUGCUACAGUUUGUUGUUAACAUUUAGUUCUAUAGUAAUAGUUCAAUAGUUAUUUAUUACAAUCAUAGAUAAUACGCGGUUUAAUUGAUUACACCAAAAUACAACUAUGAUUUCUUAUCAUUUUAACUACCUGAUAAUGAAAAAGAAAAUCAUUAAAAUUGUAUUAUUUAAUUUACCUACCUUCUGUCUAUAUACCUAUAUAAAUUUUUUAGUAUUGAGCUAUAAUUUAUAAUAUUUAGUGAAGACAAAAAUCGCCUUCCAGUCGCCCUCCCCCCUAUAUCCGCCACUAUGUGGCACGUGAAGGGGUUGAGCUAUCAUUACCAAAUUUCACUAAAAUUAUUCUCAUGUAUUGAUGAAUAAAAUUUGAAAGUGUUCGAUUAAAAUUAUGUAACUUUUUUUCUUAUCUAUGAAAUAAGGACUACUGUAAUGAAAAAUAUAAUACAAGCAAAUCCAGAAAUGCUUUUCUACAACGGCGCCCAAACUAUAUUUCAAAUUUAGCAGUUGCUGCACAUCAUAUUUUGGGUUGGUGGAUCCUCCCAGUAAUUUGGGUUUAAAAUAGCCGAGUAGAAUGUGUAUAAGCAUUCAAAAGUUAUACUUUUAGGGUUGGAUGGUGUAUAUUUAUGUGGGUAAAAGUUUUUAAGGUGAGUGGUGUUUUUAAAUUUCAAAUUUUGCUACACCAUAAAAAUAUAGUUUGGACCCCAAUCUUUUACUAUUGCUUGAUAAUAGUGUAAAUAAUACUAAUAAUAACACCAAGAAAAAGAAUGAUAGUUUUAUUGUCCGUAAUAACCAAAUUUUCAUCUAUGUCAUCAAGGUAACCCAUGAAUAAACAAAAAAAAGUAAAUAAACAAGAUGUUCAUGCCAGAACUGCCUAUAAAACCCUAAUUAAAAUGCAUAAGACGACAUAAGAUUUAAUUAUUAUUUAAUAUCUAAAUAUCCCUACAAAAAUUUGCCUAAUAGUGUAAAAUCCGGAGAUCGAGGUGGCCAUAUUACUAUUCUAUUAGUUCCUAUCGAACGAUUUUAAAAGUUUUCGUUCAAAUUCCUCACGACAAUUGCAUUAUGUAAAUCCGUACCUAUUAUUUUUUGAUUAUUUUAUAAUAUCUAAUACAAGAAUAAAAUUUAUAUGUCUGAAGAUUAUUUUUGAAUCGAAAAAAAUUUGUAUGAAUAAUACAAAAAUAUCUAAAAAACAAUAUUUCAAUUAAUAUCAAACAUUUAAAUAACCAUAACUCGGCAAUUUUUAACAUAAGAAGUUAGUUUGACAUUAAAAUUCAUAAAAAAAACAAGAGUUAAAUUAAUUAUCAAAAAAAGUGGAGGGUUACCAUUUAAAAAAAAAAAAGUUGUGUGCAUGUGUGAAAUUAAAUGCCAUACAAAUAGUAUAAUUAAUUUAAUAAGUGUAUAACAACGUUUGCUAAGCACUCAAAACGGCAGAAUUCAAAUGCAUUUAAUUUGUGCAGUUAUAGAGUGAUUCCAACUAACGAUUAUACAUUUAAGUACCUAUUUUUUAUGGCCAGACAUUCUAUAUUAUACGAAGUUGUAUGGCAUAUUUUAGGAUUUCGUACAUUUUUAGAGCAUAUCUAAGGGUUUAAUUUUUUUAAAUAUUUUCAACAUGCUUUCGUCAUUUUUUAAUAUUUUUUUUUUUAGUAUAUUUUGUUAGUUUUAGUGUUUAUCUGUAUAAAUAUAUUUAAAAGUUUUUAGGGUAAAUAUCUGCCUUAUAAUUAUCUCGUAUUCUCGUCCCAUUUGUAAAAAUAGCGAUUGUUUAGGAAUUUAUGGUUUACAAGUGACGAAUGUAAUCUCGUAAAUUUGAAAUUUAAAAGCUUAUGAUUGUUCUACUAGGGUUCGGAAAUUGUAAGAGUUGCAUAUUUUUCAAUAUGCAAUAUUAUAUUUAAUGUUAUAUGUACUCUUGAUUUAUAACAAAUCAAACUAGGAAUCUAUUUUAAUAUAGGUAUUUGGUAUAAUAGAAAUAAAUAAUUUAUAUUAUGCAUUUGAUGAUACUAUUUUAUUCAGUAACUAACAAGUUUUUUUUUAUUUAAACUUUGAAUAAAAAAUUAGUCUCGAAAAUUAGACAGACGGUUGGAAAAUAAUAAGUAACAAGUUAAUUUUUUUAAUUUCCUAUAUUUCAGAAUUUUUUUGCACACAUUUUCCGACCAUUUUAGUUCCGAUAAGUCCUAUACACAUUGCUAUUAUUAAUUGGCGAUAAAAAAAAAAUAUCUAUUUAUGUUUACACAUCAUGUACAUUUACGACAGGCUGCGCUGAUGUGGGCCAAAAAAUGGGCUGCUGACGCCUGUGACCAGAACAAUCCCGACUCUGAAGAGGCUGACUGGCGUUCUAUGUUCCGUGAACAUUUCGCACCCAUUAUACAGUACCACAAGAUCGCUGCCAGAGUGAUUUUGGACGAAAUCAUGCCGUUAGGCGUGGUUCCUGAUCGGGAUCUAUUGUCGGCGCUUGCUUAUCAGGUAUAUAUCCGUAUAAAUAAUGUAUAAUACAGUCAGUGACGAUUUUUAAAGAAAGGGGCAAUGAGGACGAUCGCCUCCCUGGACCUUUAAUUUUUUGUUAACUGUUAGGUAUGUUCUGUACGUAAGUAGUAAUAAACCAUUACUAACGAAAGAACGAUUAUGAGCAGAGUUCAGUUAAUAGUGAUGCUUUGUCAACAAUAUAUAUAUCAUAUGUUAUAUUAUAGCAAAAUAAUUAAACAGGCAUUAUAUAUUUUCUUUAAUAAUAUUUGUUUAAUAUUAUACCGAUUUUCCCGUUUUCCUAAGUUUUUCCCGGUUUUUACACUUUCUGGGAAAAUCGAAAAAUGACUUAAAGUACCUCUCCAGUCAAAUUUCCUUUCAAAAAAGUGCUAUCAUUGUAAAUCAGAGCAAAAUUGCUGGUAGAAAAGUUGUUUACAGAAAAAAAAAAAAAUCGUAAUAAUAUUUUACUAAUAUAUUUCGUACAUUUUCCCGUUUUUUUUUUUUUUGGUUUUUCACAUUUGUUAAGAAAACUCCCUAAAAAAUCGAAAAAUGACUUGUUUAAGUACCUCCCCAACAAAAUUUUCAUUCAGAAAAGUUGCUAUAUAACAGUAAAGUAAAACCAGUAGAACAGUAAAACCAUAAGCUUCUUCGCUCCACUCAGAACCAAAAAGGAAAGUUAUGUGUAAUUUAUGGUAGGACUGUAAACAAAUUUUAUCCUUUAUUUAAUAUAUGUCAUUAUCGUAUGGGACCAAACAAAUUUUAAGUCGCUCCCCUCCCUUGAUUUUUUAUCAAAACCACUACUGUAUACAGGUAGAGUUUGGGUGAAUCUUUUACCGAGGGUCAGGUUCUUUUUUUUGAUUAUGUCUAUAAUGAUUUUCAGUAAAUUUGAUUUUAGUUUUUUUCCAGAGAUGUUAAUUAUUAGGUGUAGAUAAACUUAUUAAUUUGUGUUUUCAGAAAAAUAUUAUCUUUUUGAAUGCGAAUUUAAAAGUGACAAAUAUUGCUAUUUAAAAGUUAAAUACUAUAUUUAUAUGUAUACAUAUAUUAUGAAAUUCAUACUAAAAAUCAAAUAAUAGUCGAUACCUAUAAUAUCCUAUGUAGUUUAUUAUAGUACCUAUACGGAUUAAUGGAAACAUUUUGAAAAUUUUGUAAACGAAGGUUAUUUAUAACGAUUCUCUUCUAUUCUAAUUAUAUUAUGCAAAAAUAUUUCAGUAAGUAUGAACAUUUAUGUACAGGAUAUUAUUUUAUUAUUAUUUAUAAAUUCUUCUUGCCUAGCUUUUAUAAUUUUAAAAGAUAAUUCGCCGCCAAAAUUGCUUCCCUUUAUUUUUCUCGAUCUUGGACAAUACUUGUCUAACCGUGCACUUUUAACCUUUUCAAACACAUUUAACCACCCUUUUCCGGGCUUUAUGAAUAAUAAAUUUAAUAUUGAAUUUAUACCUUGAAACAAAAUUGAAUAUAGACAUUUAUAAAUAUUAUUAAGUGGCGUAAACUAAUUAAUGAUUUUUGUCCGUGUCUGUCCGUUAGUCGGUCCGUAUGCUCUCUAACCCUUUAAACGAUUACGAAUUUCGAAAUACAGUUUCCAUUAAACGAUAUUUUUGGCUACGAAGGGCUCCAUUGAUUUUCAGUCUAAUCGAUAUAAAAAAAAAUAACGCGCGCGCGCGCUGGAAGGCUGUUGUAUCAUACUAUUCAUGAAAAAAAAAAAAUGUAUUAAUGAAGGUAAAUACAUACAAAAUUGGACAUAGUGAAAAUAUACUCAUUAUUAACAUUAAAGUUUAAGUAGUGAAAAGAAAUAGUGUAUGUCAUUAUAAGGGUAGACAUAUUAGAGUUUAGAUUAUUAUAUUUGUACAAUAACAUUUGCCACUCAUUUAUAAUAUUUCUAUGUGUCGAUACUACAGACUUUAGGUAUAUCUGUAUACAUAAUAUAACCUAUAUUUUAUAUCCUUUUUACAUAUUUUUCAUUAAUUCACAAAACCGGUCGUGUUUGUCUUCAAAUUACUUCUUGACGUCAUAUAAAAUUUUAAAACGGUACAUCGACGUAAAUCGGGUGACACACAAUUCCUUCUUCCCCCAGAAAAAAAACUUAAAAAUGUAUAAUUAAAAAGUAGAACAUUAAAAAUAUCGUCCAUAACUCCAACACUAGAAUCCGAUUUUUCCCAACCUAAUAUUGCGUAUUAUAAAAAUAUUUGUUGUAAAAUAAUAAAUAAUUGCCGAAAACUAUAAUAUUAUCAUAUUAAAAUUAGAACAUGAAAAUGGUAGGGUUUAAAAGUUAAAAUCUCCCAAAACACAUCCUUGAUAAUUCCACUAUACAUAUAUAAAAUGUCUCCUUAAUUUCAAUUAAAGAAUAUUCCACCCGUGCAACAACAUCCUGAAAUUCAUAUUGAAAUUUAACUCGGCUCUUAUGACUACAAUCAGCGUGUAAAAUAAUUGUUCCCGAAUUUAAGAUCAUUUAAGAUCUAGAGAGAAAAUAAAUAAAAUAAUGAAGUGUUUAAAUGAAUUAGGUAGGUACUUAAAGACAUCAUAAAUUUACUAGUCAUGCAUUAUAAACAUUAAAUAGUAAAUCUUUUUAAAUAUAAUUUAUUUUACCGUUUAGUAUAAACACUAGGGUGUCCCUUAUAUUUAUCAAUUUAAAAGUUGCUUCAGUCUCAGCCCUCAAAUUUGUGUAUAUGCAUAAAAAAAUGAGCUAAAAAAAGUUUUAGAGCGAUCUAUUUAGAUUAAAACGUGCCAACUUGAAUUCGAAAUUUGAGUAUUAAUUCAAUCGUAAUUAAAUUAUAUAUUUCACAUUUUUAUGAAUAUCUCAGUUACAUAUAGGAAAAUUCAAAUUUGUUCAAUAUGUUCAAUAUGUUUUGAAUAAAAUAAAAUUGUCUAUGAAUUAUAUUCUUACAUAUUUCUUCUUAUUUAUUUUUAUUUACAGAUUUACAGGAUAUAUUAACUUUAACGUAUGAAAGUACUAUUUUCUCAAAAUUACAUUAUACAUUAUAUUACAAUACAUUAAUUAAAAUGGUUUUUUCAAAGUUUCCUUUUUAGAGUCGGGGUAUAAUCUUUCGUGUUCUUGGACAUAGCGUAAUAGCAACUCAAUAUAUGAUAUAGGUAUACAUAGUCUAUUCAAGUCAGCACGUGUUAACAUUAAUAGAUCGCUCUAAAACUUUUUGUAGCUCAUUUUUUUAUGCAUGCACACAAAUUGGAGGAGUUGAUACUCAACAAAUACUGAAAUUGAAAAAUAAGGGACACCCUAAUAAACACUGUAUUAUUUUAAAUUUUUUCAAAGCGAAAAGCAAGAUUUUAAAUAAUUGUAUUUAUGCUGUUAAUAUAAUAAUUUUAAUCUUCACUUUUAAAAACUUCAACAAUUUUACUGACGAUUUUUUCCCGGAGAAUAGGGCCAGAUUAAGCCAUUUUGAUUCUGGAGGAAUAUACAGUGCUCGAAAUACCAGCAAAAAAAAGAUUAUACUUUUAUACAAUUUCUUGAUUAUUUUUCGCUUUCCGCUAUUUUCGUCCUAAAAAUUCGAGAUAUUUUUUUUAAAAAUAUGAAAUUUAUAAAUUAAGCCAUUUCGCGUGCCUCUGAGCAUCAUACCAAUAGGCAAUUUGAGAAAUAAAGAAAAAAGGUCAAAUGUAAUUAAUAAUCCCGGUUUUAUUUUUUAAAACAUAUUCAUCUUUUAAAUCUUGCACCCAAGUGUCUCCUAUUUAAUCAAGCUCUGUACUAAAUAUAACGACCUAAUAGCCGGCAGUUCCUAUUUUUUGUCGUAAAUUUUGCUAUUACACACUUUGCAUUUUUUUUUUUUUUUUAUGAUAUCUAGUAUGCCUAGUUGUUUAUGCAACUUCUUUUAGAAUUGUAUCUCAUUAACAAAUAUUUGUAUUUUAUCUGUCUUGUGUACAUAACUAUGCUGAAUUACUUAUUUAUAAACCAAGUAUUGGAAUUUUAAUUAUUUUAUAGAUAUUGCUAUCUAAUAUGUGAUAAAUAAUCUAUAACAUAGAUAAUUUAUACAUGGACAAAAAAAAGAGUGUGUUUUGAGCGUAAACGGAGAACUACUAAAGUUGUGAUAUGCAUGUGGUACCAGCUAAAAAAAAAUUAGAAAGAACUAGAAAAUUUAUGAAAAUAAUAAAAGCAUUAUUUUCAAUUAUGUUUUUUAGUUUUAAUUCAGUUAAAAAUAUUCGUAGAAACUUGAAAUUUUGACAGAAAACUUCUAUUUGCCUUUUCCAGAUUUGGUAAAGUUUUUAUGACAUUUGAGCCAUUUUCAGGCAUUUUAAUUUUGUGAGUUUUGUUCAUAAUUUUUAUUUGUUGGGUACUCUGUGGAUAAAAUUAUUAGACUAAAAAGAAAUGCUUAAAAAUAUAACAAAAGGUUCAUACUUCUUUAUAUAAGUUAUAUUUUGUGUUCAAAAAGAAAAACUGUACAAAUAGUAUUUUUAUUUUUUAAAGGAAAUUUAAUAUCAAAUUUUAACGAAAAUCGUAACUAUGACGGCUUUUCAAAACAUAUAUAAUCAAUCUCCGAAUUCUUUUUCGUUAUGACUGAUCGUUGCUUACAAAUAUAAAUUAAAUAACUCAAUGUGUCCUAUAUUUCUAACUUUCCACCUAUACAACAGUGACACACUCGUCCCCAGCAUCGGGAAGUUUUUUUAAAUUGCAAUUGAUUUUUUAAAGGUUUUUAGUGCCUUUAAUUCACAGCACUACUUAUAAGUAUAUUUUUAUUUUCUGGUUGUUUUUUUAAUAUUAUUAUCAGAAUAAGAUUAUAAUCCAUAGUAAUCAGAAAAAGUCAUAAUUAUCAUAAUGAGUCAUAAUAAUUAUUUAAGUUAUUUCUUAUUAACAUUUGUUUUCACUGUCUAUCUGGCACGUACAAUAAGGCAUUUUCCUUUCGCAUUUUCACGAUUGCGAUUCGUUAUAUCUUAAGUUUAAAGCCAAAGGAUGUUUUUAAUAUUUUCAUAUUUUAUUUUACCGUAUAAGCGUAUUUUUAUUUAACUUAAUUUUUCUUAAUUUUAAUCAAUAAUAGUUUAUCAGGACACGAAAAUCACCCGUAGAAUCCAUCAUAAUAAAUACUCUUCUUUAUUAAACUUAAACUUAUAAUAUCUCUUGCCCUAAAUUCAGUAUUUGACUAAUCGCGGAAAUGCGGAACACGCCUUUGUUUUGUUAUGUAUUUCGUGCGUGACUAACAGAGAAAACUAAUGUUAGUGACGAGGCUCCAUAAGCGUAAUGUCAUAUAAUAUAUUAAAAACACGAACAAUUGUAAAUAUUUUUUUUUUUUUUUUGUUAAAAUUAAUACAAUAUUUUCAAUUUAAAUUUAAUCGAAAGUUGAGCAGCUCCACUCAGAAUCAAAUAUUUUUUAUUUGUAAUAAUUUAUCAUGCAUUCAGUAUAUUUAAACUAAAUUAGUUUUAUUAGGUAUGUGAGUUAUUAUUAGUAGGUACUUAUAAUAGUCUAUAUUUUCCACUUUUCACGUAAAACAAUUACCCAUAAGUAACAUAUCGACCGCUAAACGUCCUAUUACGAACAGUAUUUUAGCUUUUAAUUUUUUUUUUUUUUUUAACAGGCUGAUCCAAAUAGCGUGCGGUUGGACACGAUGACUGCGGCCGGCGACCGGGAUCUGUUGCGUUGCGGCCGGCGACGAACGCGUUCCAUGUCGGUGCAGAGCGGCGGAGCUGGCGGCGAUGACAACAGCGAUGUGCAGUCGGGUAACCAUCAAGUGGUGAGCGUUGCCGCGGGUCCGUCGGUCGCGUCCAUCGGCAGCAGCGUUGGACAGGCGUCCGCGACACCGACGUUGAGCAGUGGCGGUAGUGGCGGCAGCGCGGACGUCACGGGAUCCCAUCAGCGGCCUCCACCUCCGCGGCGUAGGCGGCGGACGUGGUCGUCCGCGCACGCACACCAGGCGCCGGCGCACAGACACCAACAUCACCAUCAUUAUCAUCCGCUUAACCGGCACAAUCGGUCGUCGGACUCGACGACGGCGUGCAGUUGUUGCACAAGCGACGACGACUCGGCGGACGACAUGACGUCGUCAUAAACACGACCGGAUGCGCGGAAAUCUAUUGUUUUCAGUGCUACCCUCUCCUCUUCCUAUCGCAUACACUCGCAUCUGUAUACACCGCUUUUGGGCAUGAAAAAUCGGGGUCGGACUAAAUUUCAAAACGCUAAUGGCUAAAACGAAUUAAGUGAAUUGCAACACCCAAAUUUAAAGAAAAAUCAAAAAGAACGAAAAUAAAAUGUUUAAAUUGUACACACUUACGGAUUAAUAAAUUACAGUAUAUGCAUUUCAAUAUAUAUUUUAUAUUCCUAGACGCAUACUUAUACGCAUUUAAAUUAAGAAUUAUAAUUUAAAAUACAUGUAUAAAUAAAAGAAUUUAAAAAAGCUAUUACUGUUCGUACGCAACGAUAAAUCAUGGCUAGCUAACGAGAAACGAUUUUGAGCAACAUUUGAACUUCUAAAAAUCUAAAACUACUAAAUUAUACGAUCAAACCGUUACGUACAACUUAUGAUGCACACCGCGUUAAUUUUUCGAACAUUUCUGAUGAGCCAAAACGAUUUUACCUAAAACCAAGUACAAAUUUAAAAAACUCGAAAAUGUCUACAAUUCAUAAUCAAAAUACAAUAAUAAAACGAACUUUAUAAAAUAGAAGUUUUUCUAUGGUUGUUACCUGCUAUUAUACUAGUGUGAGUGAUUACUAUUUAUUUUUAAGUGAGUACCUACGUGUAUAGUUUUGAAGAUGGUGAUUUAAUCAUUUUCGUACUUUUUGUUUUUUCUAAUAUUAUUGUAAUAUUCAUUUAUUUCACUUUCGUUUUAUUGGUACUCUUAUAUUAAUAUUAUUAAUAUAUGACUGAUAUUUAACGCACCUCCCCCCCCGUUUUUAAUAAUCGCUUUUUAUACAAUUUCGACAAGCUCAAACAAGUUUUAUAUUAAGGUUCACCAUGUUAUAAUUAUUUUAAUGUCCUGAUGUUUAAACGACCUUAUAAUAUCAUGAUAAACGAAGGGAAUAGUAUUGAAUAGAUCCAUACGCUUAACUAGGUGUUCAAUUUAUUAUUGAUUUCGCUAUUUGAUUUUAAAGUACCUGUAAUACCCAGUGGUGAACUAUAUAUAUAUAUAGUUUGAGCAGUUGAGUGUUCAAAUUUGAGAUUUGUUUUUUCGUAAUUCUACGUUACCUACCUAAUUGCGUAAUUUUUAUUACAAUCUCAGAUAAAUCCUCGUAAUUUUGAAUAAGUGCACUCCACUAUUUUAGUGAUUUAUUACCCUAAACAUCGCUGUCCAGAAAUUUGUUUGAAGUUUCAUAUCUCCCUCCCCUCUCGGAAAAUAAAUCCUGCAGGUUGAGUCACUCCACCUAUCCAUAAAACAUUAUAAAAUAAAAAACAUAUUUUAAACCCAAAUUUUAUAAACUUGUAUAUCCUUGUCUAAAUACCACAGAUUUUAUUUUAUAUACUUGUACUUAACCACCUUAUAUUACCUUGACACUAAAAGUUUGAAAACAACACUAAUAAAGCGUAUUUUAUGUUUAUAUUAGGUACCUACGUAUGUUCAAUGGCGCAACCAGAGGGGUGGGGGUGUUUUGGGUGUCUGAAAAAACCCCUACAUUCGUGUUUAAGUUAGUAAUGUGUUAAAAACGUGUUUUUUUUUUUUUUUUAAUGUAGACAUGUAUACCUCCAAAAAAUCCUGGUCGUGCCACUGCGUGUUAUAUAGUUUUAUAAAUCUCUUUCGAGGGACGAUUAUCGAGGUAAUGGCGACUUGUCAGCAGUCAGCAGCCGUAGUGUUGAUGAUAUUAUUAACUAAUGAAAUAUUUGUAUUAUAAAUUAGCGAAAUGCAUAAUAUAAUGUACGGAUUCCCCUUUAAUUUGUUCAUAUAUUUUUGCCUACCUAUACCGUUUAAUUUAAAAAUCUAGUAAUGCUUUUACAGGGAGC